AUGCGCAACCAGAAGCACGGAACACGCCAGUCGAUCAUUACAGAGUUCACUGUUGUGAAGCGCAAGUCAAAUAAUUUUCAAAAACUUUCCGAUGAUGCAAAUCAAAUUUCACCUCCUUCUUCCACCUCAAAGCACGUAAAAUGUGAUGAUUGCAUCCUGGACUGCUGCUGCCCGUCUAUCAAAUCAGAGCCUGAACCGCGCAGCGGACAUGCAAUGGAAAUCACUGAAUCAGCUGGAAAAUCCGACAGUGACCGCGACCAAGCACUCGCCGAGGAUAUCGAAAUGCACGACUUGCAACAGUCCUUUACACAGACGCUCGGGAAAAGACUUAAGAACAUUUAUUUGGACGAUGAUGAUGAGGAACCACUCGCGAAACGACAAAAACAAGUAAUAACUGUUACCUACCCCUUAUUUUAG